AUGCUGCUUUUGCCAUUUCAAUUGUUCGCUGUUCUCCUCCCAGGUGCUGACAGUGAGGAUGGCUUCCAGGGACCAACCUCUUACCAUGUCAUCCAGAUCUCAUCUUUUGCCAACAGCACCUGGGCACAAAAUCAAUGUUCUGGCUGGUUGGAAGAUUUGCAGAUUCAUGGCUGGGACAGUAAAUCAGGCACUGCCAUAUACCUGAAGCCCUGGUCCAAGGGCAACCUCACUGAUAAGGAGCUUGCUUACAAGGAGGAAAUGUUCCGAGUCUACUUAUUUAGAUUUAUAAAACAAAUACAGGCACUUGCCAAAAUAUACCACAUGAAAUACCCCUUUCAGUUUCAGGUCAUAGCAGGCUGUGAGCUACGUCCUGGAGGAUCAAUUGUAAGCUUCUUGAGAAAAGCUUUGGGAGGACUGGAUUUCUUAAGAUUCGACAAUGAUACCUGCGUGCCUUCCCCAGAGUGGGGUCACCUGGCCCAGCAGGUCUGUGCACUAGUCACAGCACUUCGUGGUUUCAUUGCUGCUGAGAGGCAGUUCCUGUAUGAAAUCUGCCCCCGAUUUCUCUUGGGCAUCCUCGAUGAAGGAAAGGCAGAGCUGCAAAGGAAAGUGAAGCCUGAGGCCUGGCUGUCCAGUGGCCCCAGUCCUGGGCCUGGCCGUCUGCUGCUGGUCUGCCAUGUCUCAGGAUUCUACCCAAAGCCCGUGUGGGUGAUGUGGAUGCGGGGCGAGCAGGAGCAGCCAGGCACUCAGCACAGUGACCUCCUGCCCAGUGCUAACUGGACAUGGUAUCUCCAAGCUACCCUGGAUGUGGCAUCUGAGGAGGCAGCUGGCCUGUCCUGCCGGGUGAAGCACAGCAGUCUAGAGGGCCAGGAUAUCAUUCUCCACUGGGGACAACCAAUCUCCAUUACCUCGAUCUGUUUGGCAGUAAUAGUGCCCACCUUGAUCCUUUUGCUGUGUCUUGCACUAUGGCAUAUGAGGCACCAGUGA